CAGUUCCUUGCUCAGAACAUGAGAACAUAUGAAAGCUGGUAGUUCCUUUUAACAUGAGUCUUCAAUAUUCCCAGGUAAGAAGUUUUAGGUUGUAGUUAUUAUAGGAAAUUAUAGGACUAUUUCUCUCUAUACCAUUUGUAUUUCAUUAACCUUUGACUAUUAGAUGUUCUUAUAGGCACUUUAGUAUUGCCAGUGUAACAGUAUAGCUUCCGUCCCUCUCCUCGCUCCUCCCUGGGCUCGAACCAGCAACACAACAACAGCCACCAUCGAAGCAGCGUUACCCAUGCAGAACAAGGGGAACAACUACUAGAAGGCUCAGAAGUGAUGACGUCAUCAGAAGGUGGGGAGGCGGUGCUUCUGGUUGGAGAGGGGAACUUCUCGUUCUCUGCCGCUCUGAGCCGGAUCGUCGCCACGGAGACAAAUGACAUCACCUCAGGGACCGAUGACAUCACAAGGGAGACCGAUAACAUCACCACAGGGACCGAUGACAUAGCUGGUGGGAGGGGCUUGAGGAUCACAGCCACCUGUCUCCAGACCAAAGAGGAGGCGCUACGACACCACGGCUCCGCCCACAACAUACACACAAUCACACACUCAGGUGGGGAGGUGCUGUUUGAGGUGGAUUGUACGCGUCUGUCAGAGUGUGUGUGUCUGCGUGGUCGACAGUUUGACCGCGUCAUCUUUAACUUCCCUCACUGCGGUCGGAAGAGUGGCGUGAAGAAGAACAGGCUGCUGCUCAAACACUUUUUCCUCAGCUGUGUGGGAGUGCUGAAGGAGGAAGGGGAGGUGCUUGUGUCUCUGUGCAACGGGCAGGGCGGGACUCCAGCCGACCGGCCAAUGAGAGAGUGGCACAACAGCUGGCAGGUGGUCGCCAUGGCAGCAGAGGCAGGGCUUAUCCUGAACGAGGUCCGCCCCUUCGAUGGCGAGAAACCUGACAGUUACCAAUCCACCGGGUACAGGAGCCAGGAUAAGUGCUUCCAUGCAGAGCAGGGCGUGACUCAUGUGUUCAGUCGUAGUGUGGCCUGCAGCGCCCCCCAGAGGAAGGACAUGAAGCAGCACAUUCUGGGAGGACGACCACUGACCUACCACAUACCUGCUGAACUUUCACAUUACAUACACAGGGGUUUUCUCUCGAAUUCUAAUCAUCCCGUCAGGCUGGUUCAGGACUUUCUGGUUCAGGCCCUGGAGAGGGAAUGGCCUGUCUCCAUGGUUACUGAGCCCCUCCCCCUGCUCAUACACUCCUCCCCCCAGAGACUAAAUGCAUGUUGCCCUGAGAUACAAGACACACACACACAUUGCUACUGGCUACACCCCUCCCACACACACACCACUUCACACACACCCUCAGAUGAUCACAAACACAUAGACACUCUACUGGCAGACACACACAUAACCUACGACUCAGAGGAUGAGGGAAGGGAGAGAGAGUGUAGCAGCCGUUUUAAGGAGUGUGUAGGUGAGGGAGAGGAGUGUGUAGGUGAGGGAGAGGAGUGUGUAGGUGAGGGAGAGGAGUGUGUAGGUGUUGGGGGAUACGUGCUGCGUCCUUCUCUACUGCCUCAGAUGGAGAUACUGAGAGAGGAGAGAGAACACAGAGAGAGAGAGGUUCUGCAUGGUGUGAGCGGCCUAGUCUUUCAGAGAGUUCACAUCAGUCCCUGGUCCCCCCCUGCCUUCCACCAGCUCCUCCUCUGGGGAGCAUGGCCCAAAGCCUCUCAGUCAAUCCCUGACCUGGGGCGGAGUCUGGAGCGUCUGCUGACCCCCUAUGGGCUUUCCCUGGCUGAGGAGCAGGGGUCUCUGUGGCUGGCAGCCGAGAUGGGACGGCUAGGCCGGCUGUGGGCUGAUGACCUCACUGAUGGCGUCUGUGUGUGUCUGAACCUUGACCUCCUGGCUUCACUGGUCUACUCCCUACCUGACUGGCGCCUGCUCUGGUCACCUGACCGCUUCCUCAACCACUUCCUGCUCCGCCCAUUGCCAGAGCAACCGUUCCAUCCCUUCUCCCUGUUUCCACAGAGCUUUGUUUAUGACAUCAUCUGGGCGGGGCCAGACUGGCAGGAGGCAGCGUUUCAUGCUCUAGUCAGGGAGGCCAGUAGAGAGAUGGUAGAGAACGUUAUGCUCAUCGACACCUACACACCCAACACACAGACCGACACACACCUGACGUAACACACACCUACACACCCAACACACAGACCGACACACACCCUGACGUAACACACACCUACACACCCUACACACAGACCGACACACACCCUGACGUAACACACACCUACACACCCAACACACAGACCGACACACACCCUGACGUAACACACACCAGCUACUGUUACAGACUCACCUAUCGCCACACACACAUGCCCUCUCACACACACGCGCUCAAACUCCACACACACCUGCAAAGCCUGCUGUCCACACGCAUGCAUCUCACCGUCAGGUAGUGUCUGUCUGUCUGUGAGAGAUGAGUGCAGUGUGGUAAUAUGCUGUUGGUGUCAGGACGGUGUUGGUGUCAGGAUGGUGUUGGUGUCAGGAUGGUGUUGGUGUCAGGACGGUGUUGGUGUCAGGAUGGUGUUGGUGUCAGGAUGGUGUUGGUGUCAGGAUGGUGUUGGUGUCAGGAUGGUGUUGGUGUCAGGAUGCUGUUGGUGUCAGGACGGUGUUGGUGUCAGGAUGGUGUUGGUGUCAGGACGGUGUUGGUGUCAGGAUGGUGUUGGUGUCAGGAUGGUGUUGGUGUCAGGAUGGUGUUGGUGUCAGGAUGGUGUUGGUGUCAGGAUGGUGUUGGUGUCAGGAUGGUGUUGGUGUCAGGACGGUGUUGGUGUCAGGAUGGUGUUGGUGUCAGGAUGGUGUUGGUGUCAGGACGGUGUUGGUGU